UGGCGGCGGCGGCACCACCACCACCACCACCAUCAUCUCCGUUCUCUCUAUUGUAUUCCUCUCUGCAAGGCUGCCACACCACACGGGCCUUCUUUUCCUUUCAUCAUUAUCUAUUGAUUCUAUUCAUCAUCACUUUCUGCAACUCAAAAAGCGAUAAAGAUUGCCUUUUUUCCCCUUUCAAUUUUAGGCUCCCAAUCACUCCUUCAGGUGCUACGCACUCAAUAGAAUCAGUGGGCACAACUUAUUACCAAAGGCCUUGGUUUGGGAAAAACAGUUCUUUGUUUUCAAUUCAAAAGUGAGCAGAUGGGAUCUUUCCCUGGGCAUGUCUUGCCAGGAACACUGUUUCUCGUCGUUGGGGUGUGGCAUAUUUGGUGUGCCAUAGUGAGAUAUGUGUCCGACCCCAAAUCUUUCCGGGUACAGGCGUGGAAUCCGGUCACGGGUUUCAACGGGAAGCUGAAGUACUUGGAGCUUUACGUCAUAGCAAUCGGAGGCUUCAUUGAUUUCUGUAUCGAGCUGUUCUAUUCGACCCACCUCAAGCUCUUUGUUCAUGGAGUUUUGAAUCCCACUCAUAUGAAUAACUUUGAGCAUGCCGGAAUGCUUCUCAUGUUUGUUGUCUUUGGAGUCAUUGCACUGCUCUCUGAAAAAACCAGAUUCCUGCCCUUGCCCGAAGGAGCAUUGUGCUUGGUUGCUUCAGUGGCAUUCUGCGCAGAGUAUUUCUUGUUUUAUUUUCACUCGACAACGCACAAGGGUCUCGAGGGAUAUUACCAUCUUAUCCUUGUCCUCCUCAUAGGCCUAUGCAUAGCGACUACCAUUUGUGGGGCCCUCAUGCCCACCAGUUUCCCUGUCGAUCUGUCCAGUGGGAUCGCAAUCGCGCUCCAAGGCCUGUGGUUCUACCAGACAGCCUUCACUCUGUACGGUCCCAUGAUGCCCCAAGGCUGCAACCUUAAAGAGAGUGAAAUCUCGUGUGGGUCCGUGGAUAGCCAGGUUCGGGGUGAGCUGUUGGCCAAUGUUCAGCUCUUCGGUUUGGUCUUUGGCCUGCUCGGGGCUGUUUUGGGUGCUUAUGUUCUUGCUGUUUCCAGGUUUGGUCGGCCACCAGAAAUCAUGAUGGAUAGAUAGGAGUAUUUUGGAGCUCUUUUUUUUGUUGCUCAGAUAGGAGUUUCAAAUCAUGUCCACUGUGGUUUAUAGUACUAAACAUUGCCAGUAUGAUUUUCUUUUCGUGAAUUUAUUUCAUUAAUAUGGUUAAAUACUUUUGGGAGAUAGUAUUAACUUUUGAUCAUUUGCAUUUUUUUGUGAGAAAAUAGAUAGCUUACUAUUUU